CGCUCGGGGCGCUUGGUUAGGGUUACAACGGAGUUCUAAACAUCACUUGUAUGUGGGCUUUCCAGGAAAUGGAGGAAUGAGUGUGUAGCAAGCGACACAGAGGGAGGGGAAACUGAAAAGGCGUUAACUGCAAGUUCCACACAGGACGUGAGCGAGGUAUUCCAGUUCCAGCAGCAACACUUGAAACAAAAAGAUGAGUGACGAAAAUCAACCUCAAGUUGAACUUUUUGUGAAGGCAGGCAGUGAUGGCCAGAGCAUUGGCAACUGUCCGUUCUCCCAGCGCCUUUUCAUGGUGCUGUGGCUUAAAGGAGUAACGUUCAACGUCACCACCGUGGACAUGAAGAGGAAACCAGACAUCCUUAAGGACCUAGCACCUGGUGCUCAGCCCCCCUUCCUGCUCUAUGGGACGGAGGUGAAAACAGACACCAACAAGAUAGAAGAGUUCCUGGAGGAGAACCUGUCCCCUCCAAAAUACCCCCGCAUGGCUUCCAGGAACCCUGAGUCUAACACAGCCGGCCUGGACGUGUUCUCCAAGUUCUCGGCCUACAUCAAGAAUUCAAACCCCCAGCUCAAUGACAACCUAGAGAAAGGCCUGCUCAAGGCCCUGAAGAAGCUAGAUGACUACCUUGGCUCACCACUUCCUGAGGAGAUUGACGAGACUAGUGCUGAUGAGGUCACUUCUUCCACCCGCCCCUUCCUGGAUGGGCAGGACCUCACUCUGGCCGACUGCAACUUGCUGCCCAAGCUGAACAUCGUCAAGGUUGUGUGUCUGAAGUAUCGCACUUUCUCCGUCCCCAAGUCUCUCUCCAACCUGUGGCGGUACCUGGACGCUGCGUACGCCCGCGAGGAGUUCUCCUCUACCUGCCCCAACGACACAGAGAUACACAUCGCCUACUCAGCCGUGGCUAAAGCACUUAAGUAGGAGGAGAAGGGGAUUCCAUCAGUUUUCACACACCAGUGAAUACAUCUUAUACACUCACCUACGCACACACUGUACAUUUGGCAGCAUACACACACACUAAUGCGCUCACACACACACGCAUCCAGUCUUAAUACCAUAUAUUCAGUGGCAGUUACACACAGUUGAAGUUCUAUACACGGCCAGUAGGUUACAUAUGGUAGCAUCCAACUAAAGGUGUUCAGUCACUAUGAUUAAUUCUGCACUCCAUAUAUUGCCAGCUAUUAGCUUCUAUCUCCUGGCCAGGCCGUAAACUGCUCUUCUGUUGUGAUUACACACACACACACACACACACACACACACACACACACACACACACACACACACACACACACACACACACACACACACACACACACACACAUAUAACAGUUUAACUGCUACCUGCAGCUGAAAGAGAGAGGUCUGUUAUAGGUGUGUCUAUAAUUAUACAUUAUUACAUAUAUAUUAUUACACUGUUGAUAUAUUGUUCAGGGCGGACCGCCUUUAACAUGGUCAGUUUGAAGCAGUCGUUUUAUACAUGCUAAAUGGUCCGAGAUUAGGUUCAGGGAAUAGGAAAGCAGGUCUUGGGCAUGUAAUAGUACAUCAGGGCACACUAUACAGAGGUGUUUCUCAGCACUGUACUGUUACCAACACAGGAAAUGAUUUCAGCAGACCUCGGCUUCCCCUUUCUCCGCCUUGUAGCGCUGUGAAGGGUUAAUCAAGUUUAUAUCCCCCCCCAUUGUAAGGCUCUUUUGCUAUUAGUAAUCAACCUCCAUUCCCCCAUUCAAAGUGAAGGAUAUUUUUUAUACUAUAAAAAAAAACUGUGAGAGGCUCAUAUUGCAGGACAGUUGAGUUAUUCCAGACGAAGUAAUGUGGCUAUAGUUGCUGCUUUGUGUGAACUUUAGGUUAUUAAAGUACUUGACUCUGUAUGGCCUUGAGGCACCAAGCCGGUUCAGUCACAUGUUUCACUGUAAUCUGAGGGAAAACUACAGGAUGUAAUGCAGACGUGCACAUGGCUCCUCGCAUGACUAAACCAUAAACGUCACAUUCAUUAAAAAUAGAGAUGCACAUUGCAUAGAUAACUGAAACUGAAAUAUUCAAAGAGAGAAUGCUACAGGAUUGUGUAUUUGUACUUUUUGAUAUGGUUACUUGAACUUGAAAAAAGAGAAGUUUGAACCUUUAGUGAGACAAAUGAAAGGUUUUACUUCAGGUCUAUCGAGCUGGGUGUUGUUUAAGUUGUUUAAACACCUUUGAACCUUUGAAGUCCUGUGCUUUGUAGUACUGAGCAAUUUGAGUUUUUUAGGUCAUUCGUUUUCGGUUCUAUUAAUGCAUAAUAAUCAUGGUUUUUAAUUUUGGUUUUGAUUCUUUUUGUUAAAUAUGAAAUGCAUUAUGAAAUAAUGACAUGAUUUUAGAGCUUUUUAAUGAAAAUUCCAAAGCCAAAAAUAGUAAACAUUGAAUUUCCAAAACAUUUAAAAUAUUCCAUUGUCUCUGAUCAGGUCCACAUUGGGUAAACGUCAAUAGAAAAAUUGAAAAUUACAAUGAAAUAAUAAAAUGUGUAUAUUACUUAGUUUUUAGUGGAUUACAUUAUUAUUUUUAAUUCCUUAAAGUAAUAAUCUCAUCUCUGCUCAGGCAUUAGCAAUCAGCCAGCCAGGCCAUGUAACAUUACGUCCUCCCCAUACUAUACUGUCUUUAGUCAUCCUAUUUAGCUAGUCUGCCUAAGUAUGCUGCAGAGCUUUCUCAUGAAAUCAUUUGACUAGAUCUUCAAAGUAGAUAAGGCAUACUUUCAUUAAUUGUCUCUGUCCCUCUCGUCGUUGUGUUGUGUAUAUUCCUCUCUCGUGUGGUCUAUUCAGUCUGUGUAUCUAACCUAACGUAGCAUGCGUAAAAGUGUAUCCGUCCUGAGAUCAGUAUACAAUGGCGAGAUGCUAAUUUCUCCGCCCUAAUAAUGAGAGUCGUCGCAAAUGCGGGAAGGCAAACGACAAGCCUAAGUCAUUCCAAGCGCAUUGCAUUCGGUUUAUUUUGGCGAGAUUUUGGCGAAAGUGAAACCUCUCGUUUGGCCUCUUCCUCUGAUCUGUUUGAGCUGGGGGGGAAACUGGCGCAAUGGAUUGUGGUCAUUGUAAUUAUUUAUGACAUUUCUGCGCUGAACUAUGUUGAAUAUUUGUUCAAUGAAAACAACUCCCUUCAACCCGGGGUCCCACAUAGUUCUUGACAUCAUUUAUUUUCUGAAUGAUUUGACUAACUAAAUGGAAUUCAAGUAAUUUAACCGACUUUGGUCCAUUAGUUGUUUAAUAACAUGGAAAAAAAACGAAAUGUCAGUUAAUCGUUCAGCACUAAGGUUUUGUAGUGUGUAGUGACUUUGAAUAAGUAAUCCAUUUCACAUUGACUUGAAAUUCAGUCCCCUGGGAAAGAACUGGACAUAUUUGUUUGGGCUCUAUUUAAUCCAUAGGUCAGUGGUCAGCGGUUACAGCGUGAUUGAAAUUCAAAGGCAAUGUUACCGUGUUAGUGGAGAAUGCAUUCACGGUAAAUGCUGCAUAUGCCGGCUCAAUCAGAAAUUACAUUUGAAUUUCUAUUGCACAAUCUGUAACGAUUCAGCGAUAGAUUGAAUAGAGCUCUCAGCCUGACUGAUAGAUGGUGCAUUCAUGAUGACAUACAUUUACAACAGCUUAGUGAAGACAGAACCUAUAUAUUUUGAAUGUCUUCCAGGGUAAGGUUUUGUAAGACAGUCACUAAGUGCAAUUCACGUUAUUGAAUAGUACAAACAUGAAGAUGUCAUUUGCAAUAUAUUUAGCAUCUGAGUUGGCAAUGUUAUGUCAGCUAUUUUAUACAGUCGAGUCAUCAACCCGUCUGAUAGAUAAGAAAAAUCUUCAUAAAACCCAUUACUAUUUUACAUGACUGAAUCCUUUAUGUUAUGGAUUUUAUUUGGUUUCUAUGGACCUACUUUUACCGGUCAAUUGUCUAUAGUCCUGUUGUCAUAACUAUUUGUCAAAAAGAGACCAAGUCUUCAUUUCAAUGUUGCCUGUUGUAGUCUGGUAUUGUCCUUUACUGAAGCUUGUAACAGUUAUUUUUUGAACUUCCUUUUGCUGUAAGAUUAGUGAUGACUUCAGGGACUUUUUACAUUCGUCUUUAAUGAUUAUUUAAUGUAUUAUCCACCUUUACGUCUCCAUUUCAUACAUAUCUAUUUUCCAUCUUUAUCCCCUCCUCAAACCCAUCCUCUUUUUUAAAAGACCCAUCUUCAUUUUUGUUGUUUAUUUUCUUCCUAACUUUUGAUGCAUUCUUUCCUCCACGUAUUUCAGCCCUUUACUUCACCUUCAAUUUUAUUUGAAGGCAAUAGCACUUAACCUAGAUUAUGUUGCGUACAUUGAGUCAAUGACAAUCAAACUUAGUAUUUCUUUUGUAGGUUUUAAUCAUCCUGAAAAGACGGUCAAAAUAAAACCACAAUUGGUUACUGUUUCUUUA